CUGUAAUGAAGUUCCUGAAUUUUUUGGUUUGUCUUCAGCAGAAUGAACAGUGGAAAUGCUCGUUUCGUGGAGAGAUAUUGAACAAGCCAGGGAUACUAUCAAGGGGUGUGGUGUGGUUGUCAGGACACCUUUACUCCGAAAUGUGGAACAGAUGUUUGGUUUUGAUGACCAAUUCAAACUGCAUUUGAAAAUGGAGAACAUGCAGAAUACCGGAUCAUUUAAAAUACGCGGUGUUGUGAACCAGUUUGCCAACAUCCCCUCUGUGAUCACCGAGAAUAAGAAAAGUCUUGUUUCGAUGUCUGCUGGAAAUUAUGGAAAAGCAUUUGCUUUGGCGACAAAGGAACAAAACCUUCCAGCAACUCUGUGUAUGCCUGAAACUGCUCCCAUUAAUAGAGCAAAACUUAUUGAGAGUUUCGGUGUGAAAGUGGAAAGAAUACCCACAAGUGAAAUACAAGAUGCUGUUGAUCUUCAUGUUGCUGAAGAUGGAAUGCACUUUCUUCAUCCAUUUGAUGAUCUUCAUCUUAUUUCUGGUUUUGCCAGCGUAGCUCUUGAGAUCCUGGAGGACAUUCCAGAACCUGAUGUAGUGGUUGUUUGUUGUGGGGGUGGAGGUCUCCUCUCAGGGGUUGCAGCAGGCAUCAAGCUCAAAGGAAAGAAGAAGACCAGGAUUUUUGGAGUGGAGCCUGAAGGAGCUCCAACAAUGUAUCUGAGUAAACAGCAGGGUCAUGCUGUCAGUGUGAAAUCUGUUAACACUAUUGCUGCUGGACUAGCCCCACCCUAUGCUGGAAAGAAAACUUUUCAACAUGUGAAGGAGUAUGUUGAGGACAUUGUUCUUGUGACAGAUGAGGAAAUAAAGAGGGCAGUGAAGACUUUUUACCAGGCUGGGUUAGUUGUUGAACCAUCUGGUGCUGCAGCAUUUGCAGCUCUACAAGCAAACAAAAUUCCUGAUUUGUCAGAAGGGAGUAAUGUUGUUGCUAUAGUGACAGGAGGAAAUGUCACACCAGAAGAACUAUGUGAUUUGAUGAAUUGUAAUUAGCAAAAAUAGUUUACCUAUUGAAUCUUUGUAACCCUUUACAACCUAACAUCAGUAUGCAUAUUCUCUAUACUGUUCAUGCCUCUAACAAGCCAAACAAAAUUUUUUGAAGGGAUUGCAUUCCCGAAGUUAUGACAAUAACCUGUUACUUGAUUUUGGUUUAUCCUGACUCAUGACUCUAGCCUGAAGCCUGAAUCAGUCGUGCUUCUGUCAUGCUACAGUCAAAGCUAAUUGUGAUUGACUCAGGUACAGCAUAAGCACAGCAUCUGAACUGGGCUUUCAUCAGGAAAGUAACCCUGAUAUAUUAUCAUUGUUGUUUGGGUUUGUUGGCUUCUGCUUCACUCUGUCAUUAGCAAAUAAACCAUUUGGCAACAAUUUUUUACAUUCGUGACAAAUGUUAUUCUUUUAUUCAGUUUAAAAUGCUUCUGAAAUAUAUUUACAAUAGGGAAUCUGCUGUAAUCAGUUUAAUUUAAACUUGAUCAAUUAGGUGCAAUUCUCUGAAACACAAAGUGUGAUUCUAAUAGAAUAUUUAGACAAUAAGAAUGGUUGUAUUUGUCUAUAAUGUGGCCAAACCUAGACUUGCAGAAGUUCAUGUGAUAGCAUACGGUAAGCCUUCUAUUUAUAAAUUGACUAUAAGUUUUAACUAGAGGCAUAUUAGGUACCUAGUUAAUUAUGGCCUAGCAACAUUGAUAGUGUCCUUGAGGCUGGCACCUCUAAGUGAGUUGAAUAUUUGUAAAAUAUUUUGUAAAUAAGUUCAAGAGCAGAAAUGAGACACAGUGUGAUUUUAUUCUAUAGUGUGCAUUGUAGGAGAUCAAGGAUCAAUGUCAGUAUCUGAGCAACAGCACACUUAACCCUCCCCUAACCCAACAACAGUCAACUGAUAUCAAGUAAGGGUUAAUUUGGGUAGGUGGAGGGGCAAGUUUGCAGUUGCUCAGAUACUGACAUCAAUUGCCCCUGAGUUUAACAGCUUAUAUAUAAAAUCAUCCACUAUCUGCAACUUGUUCAUACAUCCAUAGCUUUUUGAUAAUUUGAGAAGCAAUGCCAGAUGUUUACAUUGAAGUUUCAUGUUGAACCUUAUAAAAGUAAUAAUCAUUUUAGUUUCAGUAAUUUAGCCACCUUCCAAAACUUGUGAAUAUCACAUGGAAACAUCUGAAACAGUUAUUUACGACAUUGUAAAAGUUGAUUAGGAGAUAAAAAAUAAAAA